AGAGAGGUGACUGCAAUUCACCACUCUCGGCUGCAGAAGGAAGCCCCAACUUGGCAACUUCUAACCCAGCCAUUACCCCUAAGGUAAGGACCCAUUUUUUUCGUUAUUACCAAUACUACCCUUUUCUCUAUUCUUCUCCCUCCCUUUGUCUUAAAAAAAUGGAAAUAUUGAGUCGUCUUUGAAUUUGGGCACGGGGCCUCAGCUGACCACCCCUCUUUCUUUCUUUUCAUGCCUAAAAUCAAGAGCCACACUUGCUAUAUAUAUAUUUUAAUAAAAAAUAAAGAGAACCCUGUAUCUGUAUCUAUAUUUCUAUGCCCCCAUCUACCUAUCACUAACCAUUAACCAAUAGUGCUGCGAGAGGGAGACAACAUUUUUUCACUUCACAUAAAAACCAAUUUUUUUUUGUUUAAAAAAAAGAAGAAGAAAAAAGAGAGAGGCAAUUUCAUUUUCAACCACCCACCCACCCCCUUCUGCAAGUGCGCAAGGUGCCCCUCAUCUCACUGCAUAAACUUCCCUCCCUAACUCUUUUCCUUAAGGGUGGUGAGAUAGGGAAUCACCAGUGAUCAGUGAGCAUGUGUAUCGUGUAAUACUGUCUGUUUCCGAAAUAGUAACAUGGAAGUACUUCCCUGUUCUGGUGUUCAAUGUACAGGGGAAUCUGACCGUCCUCAACAGAGUCCAGGGACAGCCUUUUUAUAUCAGGGAGAACCUAAUUACCCUGAAAAUGGUCAACAAGUUAAAUUUGGAGACGGUCAACUGAAUGAAUUAUCACACAAAAUGGAAGGGUCUCAGAUAGAAAAGCAAGGUGAAGAAAAAUGGACUGUCUGUCAUUUGUCGACUAAUUCGGAUGUUCAAUGCAGCAGAGAUUCAGGUUGUGGCUUUCAGGGGGAAGACCAGAAGGAAGACUCCGCUCUCGAUGAUCUUGAUGAUGAUUUGAUAAAUGAACCUUGCUUAACAUCUGAAAAUUCUCUUUUGGUUGUGGAUACGAUUGAAAGCGAAUCACCAAACAACAGGGAAGGAGAUUUAUCAUUUUCUGAACCCAAGUGGCUAGAGGGGGAUGAACCUGUGGCAUUAUGGGUCAAGUGGAGAGGAAAGUGGCAGACUGGCAUCAGAUGUGCGAGAGCUGACCGGCCAUUAUCAACUUUGAGAGCAAAACCAACUCAUGGACGGAAGAAAUAUUUUGUCAUAUUUUUUCCACACACAAGGAAUUAUUCUUGGGCAGAUAUGCUGCUUGUCCGAUCAAUCGAUGAGUUUCCCCAUCCUAUUGCAUAUAAGACUCAUUGGGUAGGAUUAAAAAUGGUAAGUGACUUGACUAUUGCACGGCGGUUUAUAAUGCAGAAGCUAGCUAUUGGAAUGCUGAAUAUUGUUGAUCAGCUUCAUCCAAAUGCACUGACAGAAACUGCCCGUGAUGUGAAGGGCUGGAAGGAAUUUGCCAUGGGUGCUUCCCAUUGUACUGGUUAUUCAGAAUUUGGAAGAAUGCUUCUAAAGCUGCACAAUAGCAUAUUGCAGCCCUACAUAAAUGCUGAUUGGUUACAGCAUUCUUCUCACUCUUGGGCUGAAAGAUGUCAUAUUGUGAAUAGUGCCGAAUCUGUAGAGCUGCUGAAGGAGGAAUUGUCUGAUUCUAUUUUAUGGAAUGAUGUCAACUCUCUUUGGAGGACACCAGCACAACCAAUGUUAGGUUCUGACUGGAAAUCCUGGAAGCAUGAUGUAAUGAAAUGGUUUACAACUUCACCUUCCUUAUCUUGCAGCAAAGACACACAGCCACAGACUCCUGAUGCUUCGUAUGCUGCAAACCUUCAGGUUUCUAGAAAACGGGCCAAACUUGAAGUUCGUCGGGCAGAUACACAUGCUUCGCAAGCGGAAAGGAAAGAUGUGAAUCAGUCUGUUGCUCUUGAGACUGACCUUGGGUUCUUUAAGAAUCAGGAUACAUUGAGCCUAUUAGCAGCUGAGAAUGGUAAACAUGAAGAUGUUAGGGAGGUAUCUGCUGCGAACGAUUUAACUAGUAAUGUGGCCAAUAAAUGGAAUGAAAUUGUAGUUGAGGCUGCCGAUUCGGAUUGCUUGCAUACCAAAGGAAUGGAAUUAACACCUGUGAGUGAAAUGGCUGUUUCAAAAUCAGUAGAGCCCGGUAGUAAGAAUCGACAAUGUAUAGCCUAUAUUGAAUCAAAGGGAAGACAGUGUGUGAGAUGGGCAAAUGAUGGUGAUGUUUAUUGUUGUGUACAUUUGUCCUCUCGAUUUUUGGGCAGCUCGGAAAAAGCUGAGAAGCUGGUUCCAGUUGAUACUCCUAUGUGUGAAGGUACUACUGUUCUGGGUACAAAAUGCAAGCACCGAGCCCUACCUGGUUUUCUAUUCUGUAAGAAACACAAGCCUCAUGAUGAAACAGAGAUCUCACAUUCACCACAAAGUACACUGAAAAGGAAACUUGAAGAAAAUUAUGCUGGUUCAGUGAACACCUGCAGAGACAUUGUGUUGGUAAAUUCUGAAAGCCCACUGGAAGUGGAGCCAGUGUCAUUCAUUGGCGGUGAUUACUUUCAAAGAAAAAGCAGCUUAGGUGAGAAUCCCACACAUCCUGAUAAUUAUGAUGCAACGAAGGGUCUGCACUGUAUUGGUUCUCCUCCCUUUGAUGACAAGAAUCCAUGUAGAGAAGCUCCUAAGCGAUAUUGCUUGUAUUGUGAAAAUCACCUUCCUAGCUGGCUUAAACGUGCAAGAAAUGGGAAGAGUAGAAUCGUAUCGAAAGAAGUGUUCACAGAACUUUUGAGGGACUGCAACUCGUGGGAGCAAAAGGUGCAUUUGCAUAAAGCAUGUGAGCUUUUCUACAGGCUGUUCAAAAGCAUUUUAUCACUAAGAAACCCAGUUCCUAAGGAUGUUCAAUUCCAGUGGGCUUUGACUGAAGCCUCUAAAGAUACUAGUGUAGGAGAAUUCUUUACAAAGUUGGUUCAUACUGAGAAGGCUAGAAUCAAACUAAUUUGGGGAUUUGGUGAUGACUUGGAUGUAUCUCCUAUCAUGGAAGGACCACCAGUUUUGCCAUCCACAACCACUGAUAGCAUCGAUAAUGAAAAUGCCAUUAAGUGUAAGAUAUGCUCUGCAGAAUUCAGUGAUGACCAAGCUCUUGGUAACCAUUGGAUGGAUAGUCAUAAAAAGGAAGCACAGUGGCUGUUUAGGGGUUAUGCAUGUGCCAUUUGUCUGGAUUCUUUUACUAACAAGAAACUGUUGGAAACACAUGUUCAAGAGCGACACCAUGUGCAGUUUGUUGAACAGUGUAUGCUUCUACAAUGUAUUCCUUGUGGUAGUCAUUUCGGAAACAGUGAGCAAUUAUGGCAGCAUGUUUUAUCAGUUCAUCCUGUUGAUUUAAAGCCAUCAAAAGCUCCUGAGCGGCAAACUCUCCCUGCUGGAGCUGGUCAAGAUUCUCCAGUAAAACAUGUCCAAGGAAACUCUGCUCCUUUGGAGAAUAAUUCUGAGAAUCCGGGUGUCUUGCGGAAGUUCACUUGCAGGUUUUGUGGGUUGAAAUUUGAUUUGUUACCUGACCUUGGUCGACAUCACCAAGCUGCCCAUAUGGGACCCAAUCUAGUUAGCAACCACCCUGCGAAGAAGGGGGUUCGCUACUAUGCAUAUAGAUUAAAAUCUGGCAGACUUAGCCGUCCUAAAUUUAAAAAAGGUUUGGCAGCAGCAUCAUAUAGGAUCAGAAACAGGGCUAAUGCUAAUCUAAAGAGAGGUAUCCAAGCAACAAAAUCGCUUGGCAUGAGGGACAUGUCCUUACAACCUCGUGUAACGUCAUUACAACCUCAGGUGACAACAUCCUUACAGCCUCAUGUAACUGAAACAUCAAAGAUUAGUAAAUUCGUGGAACAUCAGUGCUCGGGAGUUGCAAAAAUUUUAUUUUCUGAGAUUCAGAAGACUAAACCUCGGCCCAACAAUCUUGAUAUUCUAUCAAUUGCUCGCACUGCUUGCUGCAAAGUUAGUCUUGCAGCCUCACUUGAGGAGAAAUUUGGAAUUCUACCUAAAAGAAUAUAUUUGAAGGCAGCAAAACUUUGUGCUGAGCAUAAUAUUAUUGUAAAUUGGCAUCAUGAGGGGUUUAUUUGUCCUAGAGGCUGCAAUGGUUUGAAGGAUCAAGCAUUGCUCUCUCCCUUAUCAUCUCUUCCUAAUAGUUUUGUGAGGCCAAAAUCUGUAAAUGUAUCAGAUCAUGCAAGUGAUGAGUGGGAACUGGAUGAAUUUCAUUGCAUCAUCAAUUCACAUGGUCUAAAGUUAGGGUCACUGCAAAAAUCUUCAAUCUUUUGUGAUGAUAUAAGCUUCGGGAAGGAAUCAACUCCUGUGAUUUGUGUAGUAGAUCAAGAACUUUUGCAUUCUAUCAAUAAGAAUGAUUCCAAUGAUCAAGAUACUGACUCUGCUAUGCCUUGGAAGAGCUUUACCUAUGUUACAAAGGCAAUGCUUGAUCAAUCCCUUAGUCUUGAUUCGGAGGUAGUUCUCACUGUGAAUCUUGAAAUUUACUUUCCUAGGCACACAUGGUGUUCCUGCUCAUAUUCUUCAUGCUGUCCUGAAACAUGUGACCAUGUAUACCUUUUUGGUAAUGACUAUGAGGAUGCGAACGACAUAUUUGGGAAACCAAUGCGUGGCAGGUUCCCAUAUGACGAGAAUGGUCGAAUAAUAUUAGAGGAAGGUUACCUUGUCUAUGAGUGUAACCGAAGGUGCAGAUGCAAUAAGUCCUGUCCAAACAGAAUAUUACAGAAUGGAGUACGAGUCAAGUUGGAAGUCUUUAAAACAGAGAAUAAGGGAUGGGGGGUAAGGGCUGGGGAGGCUAUCCUACGUGGCACAUUUGUAUGCGAGUACAUUGGAGAGGUUUUAGAUGUUCAGGAGGCACAUAACAGGCGCAAGAGAUAUGGCACAGAACAUUGCAGUUAUUUCUAUGACAUCGAUGAUCAUGUUAACGAUAUGAGCAGAUUGAUAGAAGGACAGGCGCACUAUAUAAUAGAUGCUACUAAAUAUGGAAAUGUGUCCAGGUUCAUCAAUCAUAGCUGCUCGCCGAAUCUUGUGAAUCACCAAGUUUUAGUCGAGAGCAUGGAUUGCGAGCGUGCGCACAUCGGUCUUUAUGCAAGUCGGGAUAUUGCUCUGGGUGAAGAGUUGACACAUGACUAUCAUUAUAAGCUUGUGUCUGGAGAAGGAACUCCUUGCCUUUGCGGCGCUUCCAAGUGCAGGGGACGCCUUUAUUAGGACACGAACACAAAUCGGCGGUCAUCAAGUAGGCUCUAACUUUGAAGGCUUCUGUUAGUGUUGAUGUCUUCUAAGAGGUUACCUUGUACAAUGCUUCUUCCUUCGAUUGGCAACUGUUAUGUGACUGCAUUGUUUUAAGCGGGAUCUCUGUGGCACAAUUUCUUGGUACUAAUUAUUGAUGCGGAAAUGUAAAUAUAGUACAAUGUUUUGUUUUAUCCUAAUUUGCUCCUUGUUAAAUAUGUUUGAAGAAUUAUCUAAUUAUCUUCCCUGUAAA